UCAAUCGAUCAGCAAUUGCAAUAAAGCUAAAGCAAGUAUUUUUUACUACUAGUGUAACAAAACAAUGAGAUUUAUUAUUAUCCCCGUAAGCUGCGCGUUGAUUUUGGGCCUCUUUUCCUCCCUAACACCAACGUCUGCGUCUGCAGGGAUCAACGUGUGGCCGAAGCCUACAUCUUUGUCAUGGCCUCAUCCACAGGCCACUCUUCUCUCCCCAACCUUCUCCAUCUCCUCUCCCAACCACCCUUACCUCUCUCCCGCUGUCAAGCGCUAUCUCCUCCAAAUUCUAACCGAGCACCACCGACCUCUCGUCGACCCCGCUGUCAACCUCGUCAAUUCAUCCCCUUCCUUGCAGACUCUUGCUAUCAUCGUCGCCGAUCUCACCGCCCCACUCCAUCAUGGUGUCAAUGAAUCGUACAGCCUUUCCAUCCCCAGCACCGGGCCCACCGCCAAUUUGACGGCUGAGACGGUGUGGGGGGCAAUGAGGGGUCUGGAGACGUUCUCCCAACUGGUGUGGGGCGACCCUUCGCGCGUGCCGGUGGGACUCUACAUAUGGGACUUUCCGCUCUUCGCUCACAGAGGGGUUAUGUUGGAUACCUCCAGGAAUUACUAUGAGGUGGAGGAUUUAUUACGAACCAUUGGGGCCAUGAGUGCUAAUAAGCUCAAUGUGUUCCACUGGCACAUUACGGAUUCCCAUUCGUUUCCUUUGGUGCUACCGUCUGUGCCUGAACUUGCAGCCAAGGGUUCUUAUGGGCCACGCAUGCAGUACUCCCCGGCGGAUGUUGCAGCCAUUGUUCGGUUUGGUUUGGAACACGGGGUUAGGGUUCUACCAGAAAUCGACUCUCCCGGACAUACAGGAUCAUGGGCUGGAGCAUACCCAAAUAUUGUGACGUGCGCAAACAUGUUCUGGUGGCCAGCUGGUAGUGAAUGGGCUGACCGGCUUGCAUCCGAACCAGGAGCUGGCCAUCUAAACCCACUGAACCCCAAGACAUAUGAAGUCCUCAAAAAUGUAAUUGCUGACACAGUCACCUUAUUCCCCGAACCAUUUUACCACGCUGGAGCUGAUGAGAUCAUCCCAGGUUGUUGGAAAGCUGACCCAGCCAUUCAGUCUUUCCUAUCUGAUAAUGGAACUCUCAGUCAGCUAUUAGAGAACUUUGUCAAUUCAACCUUCCCUUAUAUUGUAUCACUUAAUCGCACUGUGGUAUACUGGGAGGAUAUCUUGUUGGAUGACAAUGUUAAGGUGAAUGCCUCAAUUCUUCCGCCUGAGCAUACUAUCCUACAAACAUGGAACAAUGGUCCAAACAAUACAAAACUGAUUGUUUCUGCUGGUUACCGGGCUAUUGUGUCAUCCUCUGAAUUCUAUUAUUUGGAUUGUGGGCAUGGCGACUUUCUUGGGAAUGACAGCCAAUAUGAUCAGCCACCAACAGGUGGUAGUGCUGGGAAUGGGGGAUCAUGGUGUGGACCUUUUAAAACAUGGCAAACCAUAUAUAAUUAUGACAUAACGUACGGAUUGAGCCAGGAAGAGUCUAAAUUGGUGCUUGGUGGGGAGGUAGCAUUAUGGUCAGAGCAAGCGGAUCCAACAGUUCUGGAUGCAAGGAUUUGGCCUAGAGCUUCAGCAAUGGCAGAGACUUUGUGGUCAGGAAAUAGGGAUGAAACAGGCAUGAAGAGGUAUGCUGGGGCAAUGGAUCGUUUAAAUGAGUGGAGAUACAGAAUGGUCAGCAGAGGAAUUCAUGCUGAACCGCUUCAGCCACUCUGGUGCAUUAGGAACCCAGGCAUGUGCAAUACGGUUCAUCCAUUUGUUUAGUUGCACCAUUGUUUUGUCUGUAACAUUUACUGGGGAAAUUAAGAAUGGCUCCUUGUCUCUUCACUUUCAUAAAUUUGAAUUGAAAAAUUGAGGAGCUUUCCGACAAUUCUGUGAUUCUUUAAUUUGACCUUGUUACUCUGUGGCUUAUGCCCAAAAGAGAGGACAUAGAAUAAUUUUUGUUGUGAUUUUGUUAA